AUGUCCGGCAAGAGUAAGCCCUUGUCUAGCUGCAGCUGCCCGGAGCUGGCCGCGGGACAGCGAGUCGGAGCGGGCGGCCGAGGUGCUGCAGCCCGACUGCCCCAGGAGGAGUCUGAGGCGCAGGGACGGGGCCGCAGGGCUAACCCCAGCCUGGGCGACCCUGCCAUUGUCAAGUCCCCCAGUGACCCCAAGCACUACAGGUAUCUCACGUUACAAAAUGGCUUGUGUGCACUACUGAUUUCGGAUGCAAAUAACAUGGAUAGUGUUCCUUCGGAGGAUUCUUCGGAAUGGGAGGAUAAUGAUGAGACCGAGAUUGAAACUGAUGAAGAUGAUGACUCGGGAGCAGAGAUGGAUGAGGACAAGGAAAAUUAUGAGGAUGAUGACAAUGAUGGAGAUGAUGAGGAGGAUCCCAAUAAUUCUGAUGAUAUGGAAAUGGAAGAACUAACAGAAAAGGAAGAAGCAAAGAAGAGAAGUGGUACAGAGAAGCUGUCUGCAGCUGCUCUUUGUGUUGCUGUUGGGAGUUUCUGUGAUCCUGAGGAUCUGCCUGGGUUGGCACAUUUUCUGGAGCACAUGGUAUUUAUGGGCAGUUUGAAGUAUCCAGAUGAGAAUGGGUUUGACGCAUUCCUGAAGAAACAUGGGGGCAGUGACAACGCUUCAACUGACUGUGAACGGACAGUCUUCCAUUUUGAUAUCCAGCAGAAAUACUUCAAAGAAGCACUUGAUAGGUGGGCACAGUUCUUCAUUCACCCACUAAUGAUCAGAGAUGCUAUUGAUCGUGAAGUUGAGGCUGUCGAUAGUGAAUAUCAACUAGCAAGGCCCUCUGAUGCAAACAGGAGGGAGCUGCUACUUGGAAGCCUUGCCAGACCUGGGCAUCCAAUGAAGAAGUUUUUCUGGGGUAAUGCAGAGACACUAAAGCAUGAGCCUAAAAAGAGUAAUACUGAUAUCUACACCAGACUGAGGGAUUUUUGGCAGCACUAUUACUCUGCUCACUAUAUGAACGUAGUUGUCCAGUCUAAAGAAACUUUGGACACUUUGGAGAAGUGGGUGAAGGAAAUCUUUUCACAGAUUCCAAAUAAUGGUUUACCCAAACCGAACUUUGGCCAUCUGACACAGCCUUUUGACACACCCGAAUUUUACAAGCUUUACAGGGUUGUUCCAAUCAGAAAUGUUCAUUCACUGAGCAUUGCCUGGGGACUACCACCACAGGAGAGACAUUACAGGGUGAAGCCACUUCACUAUAUCUCCUGGCUGGUAGGACAUGAAGGCAAAGGCAGUGUUCUUUCCUUUCUUCGGAAAAAAUUUUGGGCUCUUGCGUUAUAUGGGGGAAAUGGUGAGACAGGAUUUGAACAGAACUCCACCUACUCUAUAUUCAGCAUUUCUGUGACUUUGACUGAUGAAGGUUACGAGCACUUCUAUGAGGUUGCGCAUGUUGUAUUCCAGUAUCUGAAAAUGUUGCAGAAAAGAGGGCCAGAUAAAAGAAUUUGGGAAGAGAUUCAGAAGAUUGAAGCUAAUGAAUUUUAUUUCCAGGAUCAGGCUGAUCCAAUUGAUUAUGUUGAAAGUCUUUGUGAGAACAUACAUAUCUUUUGUAAGGAGGACUUUUUGACGGGCGAUCAGCUCCUGCUGGAAUACAAGCCUGAAAUCAUUGCUGAUGUCCUUAACCAGCUCUGCCCUCUGAGAGCAAACCUUGUUCUGUUGUCUGCUGCCAGUGAAAGAAAAUGUCAUCUAAAGGAGAGAUGGUUUGGGACACAGUACAGUGUGGAAGAUAUUGACAAAUAUUGGAGUGAUUUAUGGGCCAGUGACUUUCAGUUAAAUCAGGACCUGCACUUACCUGAAGAAAACAAAUAUAUAGCCACUGACUUCGCUCUGAAGGCAUCUGAUUGGCCUGACACGGAGCACCCAGUCAAAAUUCUGAGUACACACCACGGCUGUGUGUGGUACAAGAAGGACAAUAAAUUCAAAAUCCCCAAAGCUUACAUACGUUUCCAUCUGAUCUCCCCACUGAUACAGCAGUCUGCAAAGAGUGUGGUACUUUUUGAGACUUUUGUAAAUAUCCUUUCUCACAACCUUGCUGAACCGGCAUAUGAAGCCGAUGUUGCUCAGUUGGAAUAUAAACUGGUAUCUGGAGAGCAUGGUUUGGUCAUUCGAGUGAAAGGAUUCAAUCAUAAACUACCUCUGCUAUUUCAGCUCAUCAUUGACCAGUUGUCUGACUUCAGUUUUACUCCAGCGGUUUUUGAGAUGAUAACAGAGCAGCUAAAAAAGACUUACUUUAAUAUUCUGAUCAAGCCAGAGAUACUGGCCAAAGAUGUGCGUUCUUUAAUUUUGGAGCAUGGCAAGUGGUCUAUGAUAGAUAGAUACAGGAGAUUAAUGAAGGGCCUUUACACUGAGUCGCUCUCAUCCUUUGUUAAGGGCUUCAAAUCACAUCUAUAUGUGGAGGGGCUAGUGCAAGGAAACUUCACAAGCAGAGAAUCAAAGGAUUUUCUGAAUUAUGUUGUUCUAAAACUGCAGUUCCUUCCCUUGCCACACCCAUGUCCUGUUCAAUUUCGGGUGGUAGACCUGCCAAACACACACCUACUCUGCAAGGUGAAAACCCUUAACAGAGGUGAUGCCAACUCUGAAGUGACAGUCUAUUAUCAGUCGGGGGCUAGGAGUUUAAGAGAAUACACCCUUAUGGAGCUGCUUGUGAUGCACAUGGAGGAGCCUUGCUUCAACUUUCUGCGAACCAAGCAAACCCUUGGCUACCAUGUGUACCCUACAUGUAGAAAUACAUCUGGGAUUCUUGGGUUCUCUGUUACCGUAACCACACAAGCAACCAAGAACAACUCUGAAUUUGUUGACAAGAAAAUAGAAGAAUUUCUUUUGUACUUUGAGGGGAAAAUGAGGCUUUUAACUGAAAAAGCAUUCAGGACUCAGGUCAGUGCUCUAAUACAUAUUAAAGAAUGUGAAGAUUCCUAUCUUGGAGAAGAGGUGGAUAGAAAUUGGAAUGAAAUAAUGACUCAGCAGUAUCUUUUUGACAGACUUGCCCAUGAGGUUGAAGCACUACGAUCACUAACUAAGUCAGACCUAGUUGACUGGUUCCAAGCUCAUAGAGGCAAAGAGAGGAAAGCACUCAGUAUACAUGUGGUUGGAUUUGGUAAACAAGAAGGCGACUCAGAUGUUCAACAGUCCUUACUUGGUGAAAUAUAUCAACUCACAUUCUUACCCCCUUCCUCCUAUAUGAAGAAUAUCAGUUACAUCAGGGACAUUAGAAAUUUCACAUUAAUGCUUAACCUCCUCCCUUACCACAAGAUAUUAAAAUAA